CUGAAAGUGACGCCCCUUUUUCUCGCCAAACUGGAUUGUUUACGUGUGUGAUUGCCCACAAUCGCUACAAGAAACAUUUAGACCAAAAAAAAAAGGAACAAUCGUAGCGAUUUUAUCCAAUCAGGCUGACGUAGGUCAAGUGCUGUUAAAGAGAGUGUCCGCUGGCUGCGGAUGUGCUGGGCUUCCCGUGAGCCGAUGCGUUGGCCACCUUGCCGAGAGUUAGCUACCAAGCAAAGUGUACUGUCUGCUUGAGAGGCUGGAGGGAUGGGCUCCCUGGGCAGUCGGCUCCAGGUUUCCCCGCGGGGCCCACAGGGGACAGUGGAGGGUUCAUGCGGAGCCUCGAGACAUGGGUGCGAGUGCCGCAAAAGGAAGCGCAGCUCGGGGUGCCAGUGUGACAGCGAGCCGGAGGAGGAGGACAGCUUGCUGAACACGCCAAGAAGGAAAAAGUUGAAAAGCACCUCUAAGUACAUCUAUCAGACCCUGUUCCUCAAUGGUGAGAACAGCGACAUCCGGAUCUGUGCCCUGGGCCAGGACUGGAAUCUGCACAAGGUCUAUUUGUGCCAGUCGGGGUACUUUUCCAGCAUGUUCAGCGGGUCCUGGAAGGAGUCCACAAUGACGGUCAUCGAGCUGGAGAUUCCAGACCAGAACAUCGACACAGAAGCCUUGCAGGUGGCUUUCGGAUCUCUGUACCGGGAUGAUGUUCUCAUCAAACCCAGCCGGGUCGUCAGUAUCCUGGCCGCGGCCUGUAUGCUUCAGCUGGACAGUCUGAUUCAGCAGUGCGGAGAGACGAUGAAGGAGACCAUCAGUGCAAAGACUGUAUGUCAUUACCACUCCUCUGCCCGCUUGUAUGGGCUGGACUCCGUCACAAAGAAGUGCCAGGAAUGGCUCCUCAACAACCUGAUGACCCAGCAGAACGUGGACCUCAUGAAGGAGCUGAGCGUGACGCUGAUGGAGCAGCUGGUCCAGUCCUCCGAUCUCUUUGUCAUGCAAGUAGAGAUGGACGUCUACACAGCUCUUAAGAAGUGGGUGUUUCUCCAGCUCAGCCCAUCCUGGAGCGGGCCCAUCAAGCAGUUGCUGACUGACGCCGACACCUGGCUCUGCAAACGCCGGGCCGACCUAGGGGAAGAGGAAGCUUUCCUGAGCACCGAGGAGGGGGCCCCCUUCGUCCCCGUGUUCAGACGCGUACGGUUGCAGUACAUCAUCAACGACCUGACCUCAGCGCGCAUACUGGAGCGGGACAAUAUCCUGCCCCCAGACUGGCUCUCUGCUACGUACAAACAGCAGUGGUUUGCCAUGCUGCGGACAGAACAUGACAGCGACCUGGGACCGCAGGAGGCCAACAAAGAAGAGUUUGAACUGAACAGCAUGAGGUGUGGCAGAAAAUUGACCAAAGAUGGAGACUACUGCUGGCGGUGGACGGGCUUCAGCUUUGGUUUCGACUUGCUGGUGACCUACACCAACCGCUUCAUUGUCUUCAAGAGGAAUACCCUGAGUCAGCCAUGUGGGGGCGCUGUGAGCCUGCAGCCCCGGCGCCACAUAGCCUACCGGCUGCGCCUGGCCUCAUUCGACACCAGCGGCAAACUGGUCUGCAGCCGCUCCACUGGCUACCAGCUGCUCAUGCUGGAGAAAGACCAGGAGUAUGUGGUGAUGAACCUAGACAGUCGCCUGCUAACCUUCCCCCUCUACAUCUGCUGCAAUUUCCUCUACACCUCGCCCCCCUCAGCCAGCCAAUCAAGCAGCCCGGAGCCUGAGAGCGGCGCCCGAGGCGUGUCUUGACCCCUCCCACCACUUCUGUCUGCACCGACCCCUGGGCUGUCAUUGGCUGUCCUACAGCAGGUGCCCUUGGAAAGGACACUCAUUCACCCUCACAAGCGAUGCCUGUCUGCUUUCACCGACGUGGUUAGAGAAGAGACUCAAUCCAACAAGCCUCUGUGAAAUCAAGGCUUCCAACCUGGCAGCUCUUUGUGGAUUCAUGCCACACUCUGACUCUAAGGCUUUAAAUAACUUGGAUUGUGUUUUCCAAAAUUUUAUAUGCAUAUCUAUAAUUUUAUAUUAUUUUUUUAUAGCAUUUUUUAUUAUUUUAAAGCCACCCCUACACUAUAACUCUAUUAAUUUGUAAUAGCUAAUAACUAUGUUCAGUAUGAAUACAGCAGCUGUAAAUUGCGGUCAGCGUACAUACAUCUCCAGAUAUGCUUGCGGGUUUAUUAUUGUAUUAUUUUUUUAACCAAUAUAUCGGUAAUGUAUCCACAGUCACAGUUUGUCUUCUUGGUGCUGUUAUUGGAGGACAUAAUUACUUAGUAUGACCUUACAGCUCAGGUUAAGCCAAAGCAUCUUGGGGGAGGGAGGGGGUGAUUCAACAGGUGCUCUCAUGUAAUGGGGGGGGGGGGGACGUCA